AUGCAGAUCCAAAAGCUCAUUGCAGCCCUCGCGGGCAUGGCCGUCGUCGCCGAGGCCUCUGUAGCCUUCCUCGAUGCCUCGCCUCUGAGCGCCGCCCUCGCCAAGCGUCAACAACGUGGUGGUAACCGUGGUGGACAGGGCGGAAACCAGGGUGGAAACGGAAACCAGGGUGGAAACGCAAACCAGGGUGGAAAUGCCAACCAGGGUGGAAAUGCCAACGCUGGUAACAACGGAGCUCUGUGUUUGCAAGCGAACGCGGUGCAAAAGGGUUCGCAGCAGGCCGGACAGCCCAGCGCGCAACAAGCCAACUCGAAAACCGACAAUGCCAACUUCAUCAACGUUUGCUCCGGUUCUACCCUCACCGAUGGUGAGCAAAAGACUGGCGGUUCUUGCAACGGUGUCCCCAUGGGCAAUAUCCCCGCCCAGACCAACAUGGUCUCUACCGUCAUCAACAACCCCCCUCACAACGGCAACAUCCAGGCCAACCAGGACUUCGAUGUCGAGCUCAAGGUCAACAACCUGCAAGCCGGCUCCUUCACUGACGCUCAGUCCACCUACUACUCUGCUCCCCAGGAUCUCAGCGGCGCCGGUACCGUUAUUGGUCACGUUCACGUCACUGUUCAGGACAUGGGUAACUCUCUGACGCCCGCCACUCCCCUGGAUGCUUCCAAGUUCGUCUUCUUCAAGGGUAUCAACGAUGCCGGCGAUGGCAACGGCAACUUGAAGGCCACCGUCACUGGAGGUCUCCCAGCCGGAAACUACCGUGUCUGCACCAUGUCCAGUGCUUCCAACCAUCAGCCCGUUCUGAUGCCCGUUGCCCAGCGUGGUGCCCAGGAUGACUGCAACAAGUUCACCGUUGGUGGAAACGGCGGCGGCGGCAACAACAACAACGGCGGUGGCAAUAACAACAACAACGGCGCCAACGGAGGCAACAACAACAACGCCGCCAACGGAGGCAACAACAACAACGGCGCCAACGGAGGCAACGCUGCCAACAACGGAGGCCAGCAGAACAACCAGGGCGGAGCUGCCCGUGGAGGAUUUCCCACCACUCCGUUCCCAGGCCAAUUCCCCGGCCAAUUCCCCGGCCAAUUUCCUCAAUUCCCUGGAAGCGCACCCCCUGGACAGGCCACAACACAAUCCCAGACCGGAAACACACAGGAGACUCCAAAUACUAACAGCUCCGGCCAGGACGGGGACGCCGCCAGUAAUUCGAAGAACGCGACGGCGACUCCUUCGGUAGACCCGGCGGCAGCACCGCCAACGCCCACCCAAGGCGGAGGCGCCUCCAACAAUGGCAACGCCAACAGCAAUGGAUCCGGACAGAACGGCAACGGUAACACUUCUUCUGGAUCUGGCAAGGGAGGCGCGACGUCGAACGCUAUCGGCGGAUUCGCGGCCCCGGCGGUCUCGGAUUCUGGCGAUAGCAGCCGACCAUUCUCCGUCAACGGCAACUCGUUCGUUUCCAAGGCCAAUGCGGCGCAGCGUGCUUGCGAUGUUCAACGGAAUGCCUGUUUCAAUGCUUUCAACGGUGGAAAGUUGAACGGGGUUACCACGGCCGACUGUGAUGCCCAGGUGCAGACCUGCAUCCAGGAGCUCUCAUAA